AUGCUUAUCAAUACAUCAUUUAAAUCAAAAAAAGCUUUUUCAUGUUUAGUAAAUAAUACAACUUCUCGAAAUACUUCAGCUGAUAAAAGUUCUGACAGUAGAACUAUUAAAUCAGCAACAAAAUCGCCUGGAAACAAAACAAUUGGUAUCACUGGUCAAAAAUCUGGUUCUACACGUGGUACUUCAGCAAAAAUUGAUUUUAAUCAAGCUCAUUGGAAAAUGAGAAUAAUAUGUAAUAAUUCUAAUGACAUUAAAAUCAUUAAUAUGGAUAAUAAAAUAUUAGAAAUUAAAGCUUUAAAAAGAGCUUGGGAAGAAAUGGAACCUGGUAGAGCAAUAAGAGCUGAAUUAUCAAGAGCACGUUAUCUUGAAGAAUAUGGUCUAAUGAAUAAAUUGGAUAAUAAAACUAUUGUAGAUGAUUCAGGAUCGACGAUCACAAUUAAAUCUGAUGAUAAUCUAAUACAAAUUAUAAAAGAUCAUUCUCCAUUAGAUCAAACUUUAUUAUUAGAUCCAUCUAAAAUUUAUAUUUUAAAAUUCCCACCAGAAUUAAAUCGUACACUUUAUCCAAUUCAAUUAAUGAAUUUAAACAAAUUCUAUCAUCAUUUCAAUGAGAUUGAAUGUAAACGUAUUGAACAAUUCGCCACUGAUGAAGCACAUUAUAAAUACUACGAAAUGUGUAUGAAUUAUAGAAAUAAUAUAAUAAAACAAUAUAAAAUUGAUAAAGAAACAUCAUGCAAUCAAACAAUGAUUGAACAUGAUAAUACAGAACCAAUUCUAAAUCAAUUGAAAAUGUAAAAAAAAGCACAAGAAUUAAAUCAUCAAGAAGUUCAAAAUCUAGUUCAAAAGUCGAUCGAAUUCGAAUCAACGAAGAAAUUGAAAGAAAAAUAAUUAACUCUUUG